AUGAAGAAGUAUAUAUUCCAUGACAUGAAAAACUGCACGUUCGCAGUGAAACCGUUUCAAAAACAAGAACACCCGUACCUACCACCGCUGAACGGACCAACAUUCAACAGCAGAUAUGAAGAAUGGUAUCCAUUUUGGGAAUUGUUCCACCGGUUAGUUCAACAAAAACAUAAUUUAGUGAAAGUUGAAAGAAUGCAGUAUUUAAAAGGAAGUCUGCGGGAAAAAUCCGACAGACUUAUCAAUCAUUUAUCAAUAACAGCAAAUAAUUGUACAGCGGCAGUUGAACUACUAAGACAAAGAUACAACAAUAGAGCAAUACUUGUGGACAAUCUUAUUAAUAAGUUAUUGUCGCUCAGAGCUGUAAGAGAGGAGAAUGCACAAGAUUCAAAAACAUUAAUGGAUGCUUCUGGAGAGGUGUUAUAUGGUAUACGUACUUUGAAGGUAAACACGUCCAGUUGGAAUCCACUAAUAAUACAAAUACUGCUUUCAAAAGUAGAUGGUAAAACCAGAAAAUUGUAUCAACACUAA